UUUACAGAGGUAUCCAAAAAUUUCAAAUAAAAAUUUGUUUUGAUUGUCAAAGACGUCUUCGUUCUCGUAGUGUCUGGUGAUGUAGUUUCGUCAUUUCAUCUCACCAUUUCAAUAGAAACUGUUAAAUUAAUCAUUCCGCUGAAAGACUGAAUAUCAGAUAAUGAGAAUCCUAUUUGUGCAUCCCGAUCUUGGCAUCGGUGGUGCUGAACGACUAGUCGUAGAUGCGGCCAUAGCGUUGCAGAAUAAAGGUCAUUCGGUCAGUUUCCUAACAAAUCAUCAUAAUCCGAAUCACUGUUUCGAUGAGACCGUCAACGGAACGCUAAAAGUGGAAACGGUUGGGGAUUGGUUGCCGCGAAGUGUUUUCGGAAAGUGUUCCGCAUUCUGUGCCUAUUUCCGUAUGGUCUAUGCGGCACUGUACACAGUGUUUUUCCUGUCCAAAGCACAGAAAAUCGACGUCAUCUUCUGCGACCAAAUAUCGCUCGGAAUUCCGAUAUUUCGUCUAGCUUCCAAUCAACCGAAAAUCUUGUUCUACUGCCACUUUCCCGAUCAGUUGCUGUCAGCACAGGGAUCGGUGCUCAAACACUACUAUCGAAUGCCGUUGAAUUUCCUGGAGGAAAAAACUACCGGCCAGGCAGACGGUGUACUGGUCAAUAGCAAAUUCACUCGGCGAGUGUUCAAAGAGACAUUCAAAUCGCUUCGAAUGAUGCCGGAAGUGUUGUAUCCAUCACUGAAUACCGUUGCUUUCGAUGAUACAACGAUUGACCGGAAGGAAAUUCUGCUACAGUUUUCAGCGGAGAAUUACGUGUUUCUGUCGGUGAAUCGGUACGAACGCAAGAAGAACAUUGGAUUGGCACUGAAGGCUGUGAAGGCAUUGGAAAAGAUUGUCAGUAAAAUGGAAUGGGAACGAACGGUAUUGGUUGUAGCCGGUGGAUACGACAGUCGAGUAGAGGAAAAUGUUGAGCAUUUCAAUGAAUUGGUGCAAUUAGCUGGUGAUCUCGGCAUUUCUCACAAGGUCACAUUUUUGCAAUCACCGAGCGACAAAUACAAAACAUGGCUGAUGCGUCAAAGUGAAGCCCUGCUGUACACACCGCAAAACGAACACUUCGGCAUUGUGCCACUGGAAAGUAUGUACCUGCGCAAGCCGGUCAUUGCAGUGAACAGUGGCGGUCCAACGGAGACAAUAAUCCACGAAUCGACCGGAUUCUUGUGCGAACAAAAUGAAAAUGAAUUCGCCGAAGCGAUGGCCAAAUUCAUUCGCGAUCGUACGUUGAGCGAUUGCAUGGGCGAAAUGGGACAUAAGCGGGUCCGGUCGACAUUUUCGUUCGAAGCGUUCACAGAGAAAUUGGAUAGGAUUGUGAGGGAACUGGUGGUUGACAGUACGAAGAAAGUGAAAUGACAAAUGGGGCUCGUCUAACCA